ACCCUCCGUCGGGUCGAACGCGUCCCCUUUUUGGUCCCGUUCCAGGCCUGAAUGCCUGAUCGACCAGCUCCAUUUACACGCCCUUUUCCCUCUCAUGUCUCCGUUGCUCCAGCCUAUAGUAAUUAUAUUACCCUACUAGCCUUUGCCCCCACAGGGCCAUCGAAAGGCGUGGCAGCCAAGUAAUGGUAUCGCAGGUCAGGUCGUCUGGAGGGCCACCGGCACCGGGAGCGAAUUCAAGCGAGAGAACCACAAAAAAAAAAGCGAGGCCUUUUGCUCUAUGUCUCUGUGUGAUCACAGGCCAGGGGGAGGUCGCCAUGAUUCUUGCGAGGCCGGGCGAGAUCAUAAGCGAAAGACAAAAAGGCCGAAAGGCGCAUCAUGCUGCCACAUGACACAACCCUAUACAAAAGCUAGCCCUACCAGUACCAGGAGAAGCAUCCGUCCAUCUCGCUUCCACGCCAAUUAAACGUAGUACUACGUUGUAUACGUUGGAGCACGCCGCAACCUUAUUCCCCUAGCCAGCAGCAGCUGCUAGCUAGCUCCUCUCCUCCAAUCGGAUCGACGGUCGAUGGGUGGUCACGGCGACCACCACCGCCGCCGCCGCCAGGAAGUCGAAGUGCUCGUCCACGACGACGACGAGGAUCUCGAGCACCAGUCCAGGGCCUGCGGUGGCGGUGCCACUAGCGGAGUAGUGGUGGAGCAAGGAGCAGGAGAUGGCGGCGGUCAGGCGGCGAGCAGUAGCCUGGGAAGCGUGAGUGCAGCGACCAUGGCGCCGCCGCAGAUCUUCUGCUGGCCGCCACAGCACCACCACAACAGCAGCAACGACGUCGGCGGAGGCCAGCAGCCCCCGUUCUUCCCGCCUCUGCCGCCGCUCCCCCCGACACCGCCGCCCUUCUUCGCCGACUUGUACGCGCGGCGCGCGCUCCAGCUCGCGUACGAUCACCACCAUCCAGGCGGCGGCCCGUCCACGUCGUCGGACCCACUCGGCCUCUACAUGGCGGGCGGCGGCUCCGGGAUGAUGAUGAUGCCCCCGCCCUUCGCGUCGUCGUUGCCGUUCGGGGACUUUGGCCGGAUGACCGCGCAGGAGAUCAUGGACGCCAAGGCGCUGGCCGCGUCCAGGAGCCACAGCGAGGCCGAGCGCAGGCGCCGCGAGCGCAUCAACGCGCACCUCGCGCGCCUCCGCAGCCUCCUGCCCAACACAACCAAGACAGACAAGGCGUCGCUGCUGGCGGAGGUGAUCCAGCACGUGAAGGAGCUGAAGCGGCAGACGUCGGAGAUCACGGAGGAGGAGGCGUGCCCGCUCCCCACCGAGUCCGACGAGCUCACCGUCGACGCGGGCAGCGACGAGGACGGCCGCCUCGUCGUGCGCGCGUCGCUCUGCUGCGACGACCGCGCCGACCUGCUGCCGGACCUCGUCCGCGCGCUCAAGGCGCUCCGCCUGCGCGCGCUCAAGGCCGAGAUCACCACCCUCGGCGGCCGCGUCAAGAACGUGCUCCUCAUCACCGCCGACGACGACAGCAGCGCCCAUGACGGCCAGCGGGAGGAGGAGGAGGAGGAGGCGCCCAUGUCGCCGCAGCGCACGGUCGCGUCCAUCCAGGAGGCCCUGCGCGCCGUCAUGGAGCGCACGGCGUCGGCGGCCGCCGAGGAGUCGGGAGCGGCCGCGGCAUCCACAGGGGGCGCCGCCGGGCUCAAGCGGCAGCGCAUGACGAGCCUCUCGGCCAUCCUAGAGAACAGGUCCAUCUAGAAGCUAACACAUAUAUCCACCACACCACUUGAUGAGAUGUGCAAAAACGAAACGAAACGAAACGACAGUAGAAACAAACACCGUAAACCUCCCCAAUCUCUCAUAGUUGAUCAUAGUACUCAUGCAUGCAAUGCCGCAACUAGCUAGCUAGCUACGUAUGGAUAAUGCAUGCUUGCCGGUUGCCAGCAACCACGGCUAUUAUUUUUUUUAAAAAUAUUUUCGUUUAUUUAUCUAUAGUGUCUUCCUUUCUUAUUAUGUAUUGAUAUCAAUCGGUACUGUGUCUCUGCACGCAUGGGAUAUCCUCAUCAAUCCAAUACAUGUAAGCUGCUGUUAGCCUGUUACCUGAUAGUGUUGAGGUGGCUAUAUACAUGCUCCCAUUCGGUAGUGAAGAGUGAAGACGUGUGUUAACUCCGUAGGAGUAAGCGAUACUAUGCUACUACGGUACUAGUACGUACCACUCUAGCUUUUCAAGCAACAACAAGCACAGAGCAACAUCAUUCAUCUUCAGAAUAUAAUGGAACUACGCCUACUUCCCUCUUUGAAGGGGCGCUGCUGACA